CAUUUAUCUCGACUGCACUUUUGAACGACCACUGAACCAGCAAGUCAGCCAGCUCCCCGCUCUUUCAACACUCCCUACAACAACCACAAAACAACCAGCCAUGGGUGACGAGGAUGUUGCUGCUCUCGUUGUUGACAACGGCUCCGGCAUGUGCAAGGCCGGCUUCGCCGGUGACGACGCUCCCCGCGCCGUCUUCCCCUCCAUUGUUGGCCGUCCCCGCCACCAGGGCGUGAUGGUCGGCAUGGGCCAGAAGGACUCGUACGUCGGCGACGAGGCCCAGAGCAAGCGUGGUAUCCUCACGCUCAAGUACCCCAUUGAGCACGGUAUUGUGACCAACUGGGACGACAUGGAGAAGAUCUGGCACCACACCUUCUACAACGAGCUCCGCGUUGCGCCCGAGGAGCACCCCGUCCUCCUCACCGAGGCCCCCCUCAACCCCAAGGCCAACCGUGAGAAGAUGACCCAGAUCAUGUUCGAGACGUUCAACACCCCCGCCAUGUACGUCGCCAUCCAGGCUGUGCUCUCCCUGUACGCCUCUGGCCGUACCACGGGUAUCGUCCUCGACUCUGGCGAUGGUGUCACCCACACCGUCCCCAUCUACGAGGGUUACGCCCUUCCCCACGCCAUCCUGCGUCUCGACCUUGCCGGCCGCGAUCUCACCGACUACAUGAUGAAGAUCCUCACCGAGCGCGGUUACUCCUUCACCACCACCGCCGAGCGCGAGAUUGUGCGUGACAUCAAGGAGAAGCUCUCCUACGUCGCCCUCGACUUUGAGCAGGAGAUGGCCACCGCCGCCUCCUCCUCCAGCCUGGAGAAGAGCUACGAGCUCCCCGAUGGCCAGGUCAUCACCAUUGGCAACGAGCGCUUCCGCUGCCCCGAGGCCCUCUUCCAGCCAUCCUUCCUUGGUCUGGAGGCCACCGGCAUCCACGAGCACACCUACAACUCGAUCAUGAAGUGCGACGUCGACAUCCGUAAGGACCUCUACGCCAACACUGUCCUCUCUGGCGGUACCACCAUGUUCCCCGGCAUUGCCGACCGCAUGCAGAAGGAGAUCACCGCCCUCGCCCCAUCCACCAUGAAGAUCAAGAUCAUUGCUCCUCCCGAGCGCAAGUACUCUGUCUGGAUUGGCGGCUCCAUCCUCGCCUCCCUCUCCACCUUCCAGCAGAUGUGGAUCUCCAAGGCCGAGUACGACGAGUCUGGCCCCUCGAUUGUCCACCGCAAGUGCUUCUAAGCAGGCAAACACAUGGCGGCGCAAUGCUUGUACUCUUGCUGUGUGUCAUGCGGUGUCUGCUAUCAAUCGCACACUCGUUGCUGUACUCGCGUGCCCUAUCUUUACUAAUUGUGUUACCCCUUAACGAACCCCCUUCAACAAACCACUGCGUUGAAUGAGUGUGUAAGCUUCGCACAAGUUUCAAGUUCCUGCUGUUCAGGAGACGUGUGAUGCUUUUGCUCAGUAAACCAAAACAACAACUCACCAACUUGUUGAAGAAACAGUCAUCACAUC